UCUUUGAGGUCCUUCCCUCUUACCUCAGGAAAUCAACAGUUGAAUUUCAAAAUAUCUAUUUCUACUUCGUUGAAGUCGUCGGCUCACUUCUAUUAUCCUAUUAAGUUGUCUGGUUGCAACACUUUCUGGUCUGAACCAGAAUUCUUUGGUCGACGCUGAAUUAGCUCUAUUUCCUAUUUAGGAAGCUUGCGAAAUGCUCUAUGAACUGGACCACCAGCUUUCGAUUCUGAACCCCGAUCCGAAACGCAUCAAUGGUCCUGAACUACUACACGACCUUGUUCCAAGGUCUGCGGCUACAACAAAUUCUGCAAUCGAUUUCCUGGAAGAUGGAACGAGGCGGCAACUCUCCUACCAGUCGCUACAUGCUUUGAGUGACACCUUGGCUCACAAAAUCAAAUCGAUUUCGGCACGGCUGGAAAAUGCCUCUGCCGUAGUCCCUAUUUUCUUGCCCCAAUCGCCCGAGCUAUACAUUGCGUUAUUGGCGGUGUUGAAGGCAGGGAAGGCAUUUUGUCCCCUUGGACUAGAUGCUCCUAUCGAUCGUCUCGAUUUCAUACUCAAGGAUGUAUCCGCGAACAUCUUGAUCACCAGCACGUCUUACGCGCAAAAGUUCGCUCAUAAUGAUUCGAUACAUGUUUUACCCAUUGACCACGAGCUGUCCGGAUUUAAUGCUUCUACUCCCGAUAAUGAUCAGUGCACUCAAGGCACUGAUCUUGCGUAUGUUUUAUAUACAUCAGGCUCGACGGGCUUACCAAAGGCCGUGAGCGUAUCACAUCGAGCCGUCACUCAGAGCCUCCUUGCACACGAUCGACAUAUUCCAGCAUUCAGGCGGUUCUUACAGUUUGCCGCACCUACCUUCGAUGUGUCGAUAUUCGAGAUAUUUUUCACCUUUUAUCGAGGAUGUACUUUGGUGGGAUGUAGCCGAUCACGGCUACUGGAUGAUCUCCCUGGAACAAUGGAGGCAUUAGAGGUCGAUGCUGCAGAAUUGACACCUACGGUAGUCACCAAUCUGCUUCAAGGACGCAAGAGUGUUCCCACACUGAAACUCUUGUUAACAAUAGGGGAAAUGCUGACCAGCAAGGUCGUUGACGACUUCGCCGGCAAUGAUUCCCAGGAAAGCAUACUAUGGGGCAUGUAUGGACCUACAGAAGCCGCCAUUCAUUGCACCCUGCUGCCAAGUUUUGAUUCCAAUUUUUCUGUCAACAACAUAGGCUUUCCACUAGACACUGUAUCAGCAUUUAUUGCUGCACCCAUUGCAGAAGGCGACAAACCAACUUCUCUCACGAUUCUUCCCAUCGGAGAAAUUGGUGAACUUGUCGUUGGCGGGUUACAGACUGCUGAUGAAUAUCUCAAUCGUCCUGAGAUCACAUCGGCCGCCUUCCUUAAUCAUCAUAAAUAUGGCCACCUUUAUCGGACUGGUGAUAAAGCACGCAUUCUGCCAGACGGCAGCAUUGAGUGUUUUGGGCGUAUUGUCUCCGGACAGGUCAAACUUCGCGGCCAACGAGUUGAACUUGGAGAAAUAGAGAGAAUCAUAGCGAAAGUCAAUGGUUGCCACACCUCUGCAGCAUUGGUUAUCUCUGAUGAGCUCGUUGGCUUCUGCGCGGUCAGAACAGGCAGCGUGAUGAAAAGUAGCGUGUUUGACACAUGCAGACAAUGGUUACCGAACUUCAUGGUACCAUCCGAUAUUAUCAUACUCCAUAACAUGCCUCAAUUACCAUCGGGGAAGAUUGACAAGAGAGCACUCGAGUCGAUCUACAACGAAAACCGAGAGAAGUCAGAUAGCUCACGUAGAUCUGAUCCAACGGAGAAUGCUUCGCCUAUUCCGAAAAUUAUCAACCAAGUUCUUCAUCGGCAAAUCUCAUCCAAUGGGAAUUUAUCUUAUCUCGGAUUAGACUCGCUCCGUGCCAUUCAAGUCUCAUCGCUACUACGCCAAGAGGGAUUCAGUGUUGGGGCUGUAGAUGUGCUCUCCGUUACCACAGUUCAGGAUCUCAUCGAUCUAUGUCAAGCCAGACUGAACCAUGAUGGCAAGGACCAUAUAAAAUGUGAUUUUGGUGGUUUCGGAGAAUCUGUUCUUUCACUCCCAGAGAUGAAGAGCCUCGGCGAACAAAUAGCAGACGUUAUCCCAUGCACCCCCCUCCAAGAAGCAAUGCUUACAGAGACAAUCAUACGCCCAGGUGCCUAUUGUAACUGGAUUGAACUCGAACUUCAGGAGUCGUACCCAGUGGAAACAAUCGUGGCUAGCAUCCAGGCUGUGGCCAGAUUGAAUGAAAUCAUGCGUUCAGGCUUCAUGAUAACUUCUUCAUCCUCGGGAACUUUUGCACAGAUAGUUUGGGAGGAUCUCGAUCGAUCUCAAUUCAUCCAAGUCACAGAUUUCUCCAGGCGUUAUACGCUUGGGUCAAACGAAUCCCUUCUCCGCCCUUUAACAAUACAAAUCCAACCAAAGCUUGAUCGACCAAGACUUUUGUUCCAGAUACACCAUGCAUUGUAUGAUGGAUGGACUUUCGAUUUGCUCUUGCGCGAUUUGGCCGAAGUUAUGAAUCAAAGACAGCCGAAGCCCAGAGCCCAGUAUCGGGAGGUGGUGAACUACCACCACAAUACCGUUCAAGAUCUGAGUGCAAGUGAGACUUACUGGGCACAAUUAUUGAAGGACUAUCAGCCAAACUCGCUACCAAACUAUCAUGGCAGAAUCUUGGGUCCUGGAAGGCUCCAAACGGUCUCUUUGAAGUCCUCGAUUGACCACAUAGCACUCUCUGACUGUGCGGAUAGACUUGCUACCAAUCCUCAAGUCCUUUACCAAGCAGCUGUGGCAUACAUCCUGGGUUCAUACUACAACUCGUCAGACAUUGUGUUUGGCACCGUAACCUCUGGAAGAACGCUGCCAGUCACAGGUAUUGAAGACAUCAUGGGACCCUGUAUAGCUUCUCUACCUUUGCGUGUUGAUCUAGCACAAUGCUCUGAUGUGCAUUCUAUUCUCAACCAGAUUCAGAACGCCAACCGCAGUAUGCUGGAGCAUUGUAUAAUGCCACUUCGAGAUAUUGUCAAGCUCAGUGGUCUCUACCCAGGGCAUCGCUUGUUUGAUGUACUAUUCGUCUGGCAGCAAUCGCUUCAAACGAAUGAUAUCUCGGACUCCAAAAUCAGGACGCUGGACAGUGCUGAUGAAUUGGAAUUUACGUUGACUCUGGAGUUCGAACCACGAACAGACGGCAUAUUUUCUAAGGCCACUUAUGAUGUUUCGGCAUUGCCCGAAACACAAGUGCGUUACAUGUUGGAUCAGGUUGAUGAUCUCGUUAAUCAUUUCUUGCAUUCAAUCGAUGGGAAAAUGGGGGCUAUACAGGAAUGCUUCAGGCCACAGAGUCUUUCCAUGGCCAAUCCAUUUCCCCAUUUAGAGACCUUCUCGCAUGGCCCCGCCCAUGCAGUUGAACGAUGGGCAUCGGAAACACCCGAUAAGGAAGCCCUAGUAUUUGGGUCUCUCAAUAAAUCCGCGGCAUUCGAUAAGGACGUCUUGACAUAUGGCCAAUUGAAUGCUCGAGCGAACCAGCUCGCUCGUGCUAUCCAAGCAGCGGGGAUUGGGAAAGACGAUCUUAUCGGCGUCAUCAUCGACAAAUCCAUCGACUUAUAUGUCUCCAUCCUUGCUGUACUGAAGACAGGGAGUGGCUAUCUUCCUCUCAUUCCAGAUACACCUUUGGAAAGAAUCCGCAGUGUUCUGCUUGAUGCCAGUGUCAAAGUCUGCAUUAGUGAAGGUGCUACAGCAGAGCUGUUACGAACCGAAUCUUCAUGCUUAAUCUUGGAACCGAGCGCUUUGGAUCUCUCGGUGCAUUCUGAAAACAAUAUAGACAUCAAAUAUGUUGGCUCUCACCUUGCCUAUGCUGUAUUCACAUCUGGAAGCACUGGUACUCCAAAAGGUGUUCAAGUUACGCAAGAUAAUUUGAUGAGUAAUUUGGAGGUACUCUUCACGCUCUACCCGACCACUCCUGAUUCCCGACUUCUUCAGUCUUGUUCGCAAGCAUUUGAUGUCUCAGUCUUCGAAAUCUUCUUUGCGUGGUAUGCCGGAAUGUCUUUAUGCUCGGCGAAGAAGGAUGAUCUUUACCGCGAUCUCGAAGAUUCCAUCAACCAGCUUCAUGUCACUCAUCUCAGUUUGACGCCUACCGUUGCUUCUCUUAUUAAUCCUAAUAAUGUACCUAAUGUUAAAUUUCUUGUAACAGCUGGAGAGGCUGUUAAUGAGCAUGUCAAAAGGCAGUGGGCGGGAAGAGGCCUCUUCCAAGGUUAUGGCCCAUCCGAGACCACGAAUAUUUGCACAGUGCGUGCAUCUGUCCGCAACGAAGACCUGAUCAACAAUAUCGGGGCCCCUUUCAGCAACACUUCGGUCUUUGUUUUAGAUCCUGGCAACGAACAAAUCCUACCCCGCGGUGCAGUCGGCGAGCUUUGCUUCGGCGGCGCACAGGUUUUCCGUGGGUACAUGAACAGGCCCGAACUAAACGCGGAGAAAAUAAUCGAUCUCCCUCUGUAUGGCCGGAUAUACCGUUCUGGCGACAUGGGUCGACUCCUCCCGGAUGAUUCCAUACUCUUCACCGGACGCGCAGAUGACCAGGUCAAGAUUCGUGGCCAGAGAGUUGAGUUGGGAGAGAUCACAUCCAUCGUGCUCGAUGAUCGAAAUGUUGAGGAUUGUGCAACCCAGCUAUUCAAUUUGGAUAACUCUACACAGAGACUUGUUCUGUUCUGGGUGCCAGUCAAUCAAUCGAAAACAUCCUUCGAGAUAUUGCCACCAGACCAGCAUUUACAAACACUGUCUGUCAUUCUGGAUUCAUUGACAUCAAAGUUGCCAAGCUACAUGGUUCCAACGCACCUCAUACCAAUCACCAGCAUCCCGUUGACCUCUCAGACGAAGAUCGACAAACGGUCAUUACUCGCCGCGUAUAAGACACUGUCGAAGGAGUACCUCGAAUCUAUUACCUCCUCUUCGUCUAACACGGAAGAGCCCGCUGUGUUCUCAAGUCAAGAAACUGAGAUAGUUGAGGCUCUUGCAGAGACUUUGAAGAUAUCACAGGAGGAUGUCUCACGAGAUUCAUCGUUCUUCAAUCUUGGCUUGGAUUCCGUCUCCGCGAUACAGUUCUGUCGCAGGCUAAGAAAUCGCAGUAUACUCAAUGUGCCUGUUUCACUGGUAUUGAAAAAUCCUACUGUGGCAAGACUUUCCGCGGCCUGUGGCACAGAGGCAGUCUCGGGACCAAGCACCUCAGACGGGCUUUCUGACAAACUUGAGCUCAUCCCAUCAGAUACUCUUUCAAGUAUCCGUCUGGACCUUGACAAGCGUGGCAUCAAUGCAGCGAAGAUCCUCCCAUGCACGCCUCUUCAAGAAGCCAUGCUUUCCUCUACUUUUGGUACUGGAGAGUCCGCGUAUUCCAACACGAUGAUCUUCAAAAUCAAUAGCGAUAUGCCCAAAGUACAGAAAGUCUGGACUCAUAUGUUCAACAGACACGAGAUUCUCCGCACUGCUUUUCAUGCAACAGAUCACCCACAAUUUCCAUUUGUACAACUCGUCCUGGAUCACAAUGAAACUCCAUGGGAUGAAAUACAAAUCGAUCAGGAUAUUGAUACCUAUUCUCGUGCAGUUCUUGCGAACUUGCUCCAAUCGACAAAACCGCCCGUGAAGCUCGCGAUGCGCGACAAUUGCGACAUCGUAUUUGUCUGCCAUCAUGCUCUCUAUGAUGGCAUUGCAAUGGAAAAUUUGCUCAGUGAAAUCGAGAAGCUCUACUCUGGAUUCGAAUUGAGUCCACCGGUAUCGUAUGAGCCAUAUCUCAGACACAUGGUUCACCAAGAUCUAGAGGCUGCCGACCAAUUCUGGGCAUCAAAAUUGUCUGGACUGGAGCCGGCAAUGUUUCCCAGUCUGACUAGAAGCAUAUUUGCGUCACCGGAAUCAAGAUCAAUCACUCAACAAUGCAGCAUUCCCCUCCAGCAGUUGCUAGACUUUUCUCGCGACUCCUCCGUCUCCCUCCUUCCUGUCGUCCAAAGCGCAUGGGCAAAAAUUCUCCACUUCUAUCUGGGAGAAGAGGAUUUGAGCUUCGGAAAUGUAGCCAGCGGACGAAGUUUGCCAGAGGAGGGUCUCGAUAGCCUUGUAGCACCGUGUUUUAAUACACUGCCGGUUCGAGUCAACUUCGAUUUUGCACAGAGCAAUGCAGAUCUAAUCCAAAUGCUACACCACCUUAAUGUGGAAUCUUCUCCUUUUCAACUGACUCCUUUGCGACGGAUACAAUCCAAAGUUGGACAAGGCCAAGGCUCGUUAUUCGACACCAUGAUUAUCCUGCAACAACACACGCUACAACUUAACGAUGACAUCUGGACAUUGAAACUGGAUAGUGGAGCCAUGGAUUUACCAAUUGUAUUGGAAGCAUCCCAAGACAAAGAAACCGAUUCCUUGAGUGUUACCCUCCACUUCAGGACCUCCUUGCUGGCAAGUACAGAUGCCACGCGAGUUUUGGAAUCCUUUGACCAUGCUCUGAAAUCACUUGUUCAAUUUCCUAGAUCAGCAGCAAGAGACACCAUUGGCUUUCCAAGCGAUUUACUCGCUGAAAGUAAUCUGAAAUUCAAGGAAUACGACUCGGCUGACCAUUCAUUGUUGCACUCUGCCUUCGAACGCAAUGCCGUAGAGUUCCCCAAUCGUGUUGCGCUGGACUUCAGGCAUGACGACGAUCACCACACAACAUGGACAUUCGAAGUUCUGAACAAGGAAGCCAAUAGAAUUGCGCAUGCCCUCGUCGAUCGCAAUGUAGGCCCAGAAGAUAUCGUUCCGAUCCUUAUCUCGAAAUCCCCGGAGUAUUAUGCAAGCAUCUUAGGCGUCAUGAAAGCAGGAGGUGCUUUCAGUCCGAUCUAUCACGACCUACCAAUCGCGAGAAAGCAGUUCAUGUUGUCCGAAUUGAAGCCCAAAGUUGUUCUGUGUGCCAGCAGCAAAUCCUUGGACUGGUGCAGCAAUAUAUCAUUACUGGAUGUGACUCAUGUUCAGGAAUACCCUGAUCACAACCCAUCUGUGGCAUUGAAACCAACCAAUCUGGCAUAUUGUCUCUACACCUCUGGCUCAACUGGCCUUCCUAAAGCCGUAAGCAUGGAACACAGAGCUCCAAUGCAGACCAUUGAAAGCUCCAGAAGACUCAUACCUUGGAAUCACGACUCCCGCUUGUUACAGUAUGCUGCUGUAAGCUUCGACAUGUGCUAUUACGACUGCUUCCUUGCAUGGACGUUUGGCUUUACAUUGUGUGCUGCAGAGCAGAACGCCAUGUUGAAUGAUCUCACUGGCAUUAUCAAUUCUCUCGCCGUCGAUCUACUUGACUUGACACCUUCCGUUGCUGGAUCUAUCUCAAGAGCGAAAAUUCCCAGUGUCAAAUGGCUGUACUGCAUUGGUGAGGCAAUGACUGCAGACGUAGUCCAAAAAUGGGGCGAUGACUGUGUCAAUUCAUACGGACCUACAGAGGCUGCGUUCUGUACGACUAUAAUGCCAGUUUCUAAGGACACAAAAACGGCAAUUUUCGGGAAACCAUUUCCUUCCACCGCUUUUGCGGUUUUCUCCAAGAAUGGUGAUCGCACUCUCCCUGUCUUUGGCGAAGGUGAGCUUUAUAUUGGAGGAACUCAGUUGGCACGAGGGUACUAUGGCAACCCUCAACUCACCGAAGAGAGAUUCGUGCAGAGGAAUGGUCUUCGCUUCUACAGGAGUGGUGACAUUGUCCGCAUGCUCGCCGAUGGCAACUUCGAAUUCCUUGGCCGAGCAGACGAUCAGGUGAAGAUCAGGGGCCAGAGAGUUGAAUUGGGGGAGAUCUCGCAUGUUCUACAAGGCUGCGAUGAGCGCAUCAAUUCUGUCUCGGCGCAGAUCAUGAAAAUCGACGAUAGUUCAAAAGAUCAGCUUGUUGCGUUUAUCAGUACCACUGCGCAAUUAGGUCCCACAGAGAGGAGUGAUCUACAACAUGCUAUCAAACGAGUAGCAAAGGCCAAUCUGCCAUCCUACAUGGUCCCUCAAUUUCUUAUCAUCAUCGACAGUCUGCCGAAGUCCGCUGCAGGCAAAGUCGACAAGCAUGCUCUUAAACGCAUUUUCAUCGAAUCUGAAGAUGUAAAGCAAUCUGCCGGAAAGGAAUCAGAAGCACACAAAACGCAUCAAUGGACGAAUGUUGAAAGCAUUGUCCGUGAGAUAUUUGCCAAACUCGCUAACGUACACCCAGAAGACAUUGGCCCAGAUACCUCGAUCUACCAAUUAGGAUUGGACAGCAUCAGUGCUGUUCAGGUGGCCACGGCACUGCGGAAAAGAGGACUCAAAGUCAAUGCAACUGAUGUCUUGAAGUACAUGAACUGUGUUGAUCUGGGAGCCUACAUCGAUGAAUCGCCAAUUCGUACGACCCCUGAGCCAGAGAGCUUUGAUUUUGUUGCUUUUGAGAACAAACAUCGGGAUGCACUUUCCGCAAAAUACGAUUCUACUGGCUCAGUUAUCGAGAAGACACACCCGUGUACGCCACUCCAGCAGGGCAUGUUAUCGCAGUUCAUCACGAAAGAAGGUGCUGUGUAUCUCAAUCAUAUCCAGCUACGCCUUAGCGAGGGAGUCGACAUACACAAGCUGAAGAGUGCAUGGCAAAGUAUCGUCGACAAACAUGUGAUACUCCGAACCGGUUUUGCUCAGGUCAAAGACACCCAAAAUUCAUUUGCCAUGAUUCAUUACAACCCCGGGGCUUUCGCUGUGCCUUGGGAAGAGACGUCGAAAAGCCCAAAGAGCAUAGAUGAAUGGCUUAAGGUACUUCAAGGAGAAGUUCUGUCGAGUCUGCAUCAGCCACCAUGGCGUAUGAGAAUCACCAGCGAAAUUGAUGUCGCACAGCUUGAUAUUGCACUCUUCCAUGUUUUGUUCGACGCACAAAGUCUGCAGCUCAUUCUCAAUGACGUUGCUGCAGCAUACAAUGGGUUGGAAAUUCCCGCGCCACUUUCCAUUGAACCAGUCAUCAAUUCGAUCAUCCAGCAGAGUCGCACCGCAGGCAAUUCAAGCACGGAAUUCUGGAAAGGAAUGGCAAGCAAAAUGGUCCCGACAAAGUUCCCGAAUCUUGCACCUUUGAGAUACAACCUUGCAGCACCCGUUGUUCUCGCAAAACCUGCUUCGAUACCCCUGGCCGAAUUGGAGGCGGGAUGUCGGGUGUCAAACACCACACUUCAAGCUGCCGGUAUCGCUAGCUGGACAUCACUUCUAUCGGCCUAUACGGGAGAACCUUCAGUUACUUGUGGUGUCGUCUUGUCUGGACGCAAUUUUGAAGAUGCGGAUUCUGUUGUAUUCCCUUGCAUCACCACUAUCCCCUUCGCGGUAACUCUACAGGAUGAUAAGAAACAAGUGCUCCAGGAUGUCAAUGAACUCAAUGCAAAUAUACAGAUGCAUCAGUUUACUCCACUGAAUGAUAUUCAGAGGCUUGUCGGAUACCCCAACGAAGCCCUAUUCGACACUCUAUUUGCUUUCCAAAAGAUUCAGCAUGGAGAGGGUCAGAAUUGCCCAUGGGAGGUCAUAGAUGAAAACGCAACUUCGGAAUAUCCGAUAUCCAUUGAGUUGGAGCCGAAGAAUGACAAGCUUGAGCUGCGACUGACAUUCUUGCCUCACAUGGUGCCACAGGAGCAAGCGGCACUGAUCCUGGAACAGCUGGAUCAUCUGCUGAUCGACUUCAUCUUGCCCGGAAUCCAGUCAACCAGCUCCAUCUCCAAGGAUCGUUCUCUAUACUCGGACACACCGCCUCAGGAUCCCACUCUGCCCUCUGAUAUCAAGCUCCUUCACGAAUUUGUCGAGGCAUCUGCCGUUAAAUACCCUCAAAAGAUUGCUUUCGAAUUUGCAACUUCGAUAUCGGAUGGGACAUACACGAGUCGAACUUGGACUUAUGAACAGCUUGAUUCUGAAGGGAAUCGAAUCGCAGACCUACUCAUAUCUCGAGGUAUAUUGCCAGGGGGUUUGGUGGGAGUGUGCUUCGACAAAUGUCCCGAGGCAUCGAUUGCAAUGUUAGGCAUUCUGAAGGCUGGUUGUGCCUUCGUUGCUCUUGACCCCGGAGCACCGAGUGCACGCAGAGCCUUCAUAGUCGAAGAUGCCAGCCUCCCGAUUGUGCUCUCGAUGAAAGCGCAGUCCCAUGAUCUUCCGGACACCAUACAGCCGCAGGUUCUCAACCUUGACACUCUUGAUCUGAGUCCUUUCUCCGUUCAUAAGCCUGUUCUCCAACGCCUCAUAAAUCCACAGGAUCGCAGCUAUUGCCUAUAUACCUCGGGCACAACUGGUACUCCAAAAGGCUGCGAGCUCACCCACGAGAAUGCGGUCCAAGCUAUGUUGGCAUUUGAGCACCUAUUUUCCGGACACUGGGACCAGGAUUCUCGCUGGCUACAAUUCGCGUCAUUCCAUUUCGAUGUCUCAGUUCUCGAACAAUAUUGGAGCUGGUAUGUUGGCAUUCGUGUCGUGUCAGCUCCACGUGAUGUGAUUUUCGAAGAUCUCGCAGGAACCAUCAAGACUUUGGAAAUUACACACAUCGACUUGACCCCUAGUUUGGCCAGGAUACUACACCCAGAUGAUGUUCCCAGUCUCUGUAGGGGCGUCUUCAUCACAGGUGGAGAGAGCUUGAAGCAAGAGAUUCUUGACGUGUGGGGUCCUAAGGGCGUCAUCUAUAAUGGCUAUGGUCCGACUGAAGCGACCAUUGGUGUUACCAUGUAUCCACGAGUACCAUCAAACGGCAAGCCAUCAAAUAUCGGACCUCAAUUUCUCAACGUGGGGUCUCUCGUUCUCAAACCUGGAACAGACAUCCCUGUUUUGCGGGGCGCCGUGGGAGAGCUGUGCGUAUCUGGCAAGCUUGUGGGUAAGGGAUAUCUGAAUCGUCCGGAGUUGACUGAAGAACGCUUCCCCUAUAUCGAAAGCCUGAAAGAAAGAGUCUACCGUACGGGAGACUUGGUCAGGAUACUUCAUGAUGGCACUUUCGAUUUCCUGGGUCGAGCAGACGAUCAAGUGAAGCUCCGAGGACAGCGUCUUGAGAUUGGAGAGAUCAAUUCAGUCAUCAAGCAAGCUAGCAACGCAGUCUCGGAUGUAGCAACACUAGUUCUCAAACACCCCAAACAACAAAAGGAGCAGCUUGUUUCAUUCGUCGUAAAUACAACUCGAAGCAAAGGCAAACCGAAGGUGCUGCUCGACAAGACUACUGAGAUGGACACCCUCAAAGAAGCAUGUCUAGAAAAGUUACCAGGAUACAUGGUACCGACACAUUUCAUCGCACUCUCCGCCAUGGCUCUCUCGGCGAAUAACAAGGCCGACAACAGAACAUUGCGAGAAAUGUACUAUGCAUUGUCUUUGAGCGAUUUGCAAUUGCUCUCCGGAUCUCCAAGCGGCAAGGAGGAGAAGUGGUCGCCUGCCGAGUUGCGAAUUCGUGAUGUGCUAAAAGAUGUCUUACAAGUAAAGGCUGAUGAUAUUGGGAGAUCUGCCAACAUCUUCGAGCUGGGCCUAGACUCCAUCUCAGUCAUUGGCCUUUCCAGUGCACUGAAACAGGCCGGAUUCAAACAUGCUGCCGCAUCCACGAUCAUGAAGAACACAUCGAUUAGCAGGUUGUCAAAGGCUUUGGUAGAAGAUGCGCCUUCGUCUGAGGAUCUUGGAUCGGUCGUCUCUGCCCAACAAUUGAUCACAGCAACGCAACAUCGUCAUCGGAGAGGUGUUGCUGAAGUCAUAAGAGUAGAUGCUCGAGAGAUAUCUGCACUUGCCCCAUGUACGCCCUUGCAGCAAGGCAUGAUUGCAAGAUCUCUGGAAAGCGAAAACGGAUUGUAUUUCAAUACUUUCCGUUUCAAUCUCGCACAAUCGGUCAACCUCGAAAAACUCCAGACUGCUUGGGAAGAGGUCUUCUACGAAACUCAGAUUUUACGGACAGUAUUCUGUAACACCGACGACGGGUUUGUACAAGCUGUCGUAGAGCAUGCAGAACUUUCUUGGAAUGUUCACACCAGCACUGAAGAAUCUCUCAAGUCGCAAGUUGAAGAGUUGAGGAAAUCAUGGUGGCAGCAUAAUCGAACGGUCAUCGAUCGACCAUUCGAACUUCACCUCAUUAGUACCCCAAGCAAGAAGGUUCUAGUUGUUCACAUCUUCCAUGCGCUCUAUGAUGGCAUUGCCAUAGAUUUGCUAUUCAGGGCUGUAUGGGAUGCGUACAAUGGUAGGCUCUCCAAGUCAACAGGACCAGCGUUCCAAUCCGCUCUCCCCCAUGGGCCAUUGCGGUCCCGAGCAGGUGCCAAAGAAUUUUGGCUUGGACAUCUCUCUAACUCUCGCUAUACUGCAAUUCCAAGUAUGGCAAUAUCUCCAACUGUCGAGCCCACCACUGUCGCUCGGGACUUGGAUGAUCUCGCAGCAUACGAGACGGUCAGAAGGGAGUUGGGUGUAACUCAUCAAGCCAUUGCACAAGCAUGCUGGGCGACUGUCCUGCAGAGGCACACCAAUAUGCCCAUUUCACUUGGAAUGGUCGUAUCCGGACGCAGUAUCGAUUUCGAAGGUGCCGAACGUAUCAUUGGGCCUCUCUUCAACACCAUACCAUACCAACAUCGUCUCGAAAGCCAGCAAACCUGGAGGUCUAUCAUCAAGCGCACCCACGAGUUCAAUGUGGCAACUCAUUCCUAUCAGCAUACUCCACUUCGCGACAUUAUGAAAUGGCUGAAGCGGUCACCUGAUCAGCCACUUUUUGAGACUCUCUUCGUUUACCAGAUUAGUGUCGAUGAUCAGGAAUGGUCUAACAACGACGCUUGGGGCCUCGAAGAUGGGGAUGCUGAUGCAGACUAUCCUUUGGCCAUCGAAGUUGAGCAACAUGGCAACGAUCGCUUGAGGGUCACCCUCGUGGCAAACGGUCACGUAGCGGACAAACAAGCAUCAAAAACUCUCCUAGACGAAUUCGAAGCCGCCAUGCGAGAGCUCCUGAAAGACCACGCAGCACUCGUCACAACGAGUUUUGGCAGUCUUUCCCCUGAGGAGCGUGUUGGCACACAGAAAACUGACCCAGACCUCCCAAAGACAGAAUUCACCUGGUCGGACAACGCCAAAAAGAUAAGACAAGAGAUUGCGAGUCUGAGCUCCGUCGAGAUCCAAGACAUCAAUGAACAAACCUCCAUCUUCGAGCUCGGAUUAGACAGCAUCGAUGCCAUCAAACUUUCGUCAAAGCUCAAAAAAUGCGGCAUCGAGCUACCCGUUAGUGCUAUCAUGCGCAGCCUUACCAUCAAGAACAUGGUAGACAAGAUACCCAAUAGCAAAAUCAAACAGCAGCCACCGCCAUCUAACAUGGUGUUCAAUUCACACAAGAGAAGAUUGGAAGACUAUGCCCGACACAAUCUAGCUAGCACGGACGAUAUCGAGCGCAUUCUUCCACUGACACCCCUUCAAGAGGGUAUGGUGGCUGAAAUGAUCGCAUCCGAGUACAAGCACUACUACAAUCAUGACGUGCUUAGGCUCCAACCAGACGUAGAUAUAGAUUCUCUACAAAAAGCUUUCACGAAAGUCGUUGACAUGUCUCCGAUCCUGAGGACAUCUUUCAUCGAAAUCGACGACCCGAAUAUCGAUUUCUCGUUCGCUCAAGUUAUUCAAAGGACAAGAUUCGAGGUUAAAACACUCGACAUUGGGGAUGCGCAACCUAACUUCCCCGAAAUCUUCGACACCAUCCGCAAAGCAACGAUCAACAAGGCUGGUGCGCCACCAUUCCAUGUCCAUAUGCUGCAGGGACCAUCCGAUAGAUAUCUCGUUCUUUCAAUUGCACAUGCAAUGUAUGAUGGCUGGUCCCUUGGCCUUCUGCACACUGAUAUCCGGCGGGCAUAUGAGAAGCAUCCAAAAUCCAGGCCAGACUAUGAGAACACUCUGCGUAAGAUGCUCACUGCAUCAGGUGCAGAUGCUGUCGCCUUCUGGCGAGAUUUCCUUUCAGGGUCCCAGCCGACAAGUUUCAAACGACCGACAGAUACCAACCAAGCGAGCUCAGUGGUGAUUCGAAAGGAAAAGGUCAGCGACAUGACUGCAUCCCUCAUCUCAACCUUCGCAAAGCGCAACAACAUCACACUCCAGACCCUUGGUCAAACUGCAUACGCAUUCGCUCUGGCAUCGUACGUACAAUCACUCGAUGUGACUUUUGGAUCUGUCCUAUCCGGACGUGAUGAUGAUAGAUCAGCCGAGUUGCUAUUCCCAACAAUGAAUACUGUAGCGAUUCGAACGAUCUUGCACGGAACCCGGUUGGAGAUGCUGCAGUAUAUGCAAGAGAACUUCGCACAAAUCCAACAAUAUCAGCAUUUCCCGCUGCGCAAAGUUCAGGCACUUGCUAAAGCACAAGGUCGCUUGUUCGACAACUUGUUCAUCUACCAAAAGAGACUGAACGACAGCAAUGGGACGGAGAAGAUAUUAUAUGAGAGCGUUGAGGGCCACAGUGAUGUGGAAUAUCCCGUAUGCGUGGAGAUGGAAGUUUUCGAUGGACAGCUCAUUUGGAGGUGUGCUAUUGAAGAGGAGGCGCUCAAUCAGGACGGCGUGGAGGAGCUUUUGAAGAAUCUGGAUGCAGUGUUACGGCGCAUCAUCGAGGAACCACAAGCUCCUGCAAUCGAGUUCACGUCAAGUGGGACUUCGGUAUGCGGGCUCCCGCAUUUCAAUGACAAAACCAUGCAACAGGAGGAGAACAAUGUUAGAAGUGGCUCAGUAGAGACCGACUCGGCCACGGCGACAACCAUCCGCAAAGUCCUCGCACUCGUGUCUAAGACACCCGAGGAAGAGAUCACGGCAGAAAUGACAAUUUUCCAUAUCGGCCUGGAUUCAAUUAGUGCCAUCAAAGUCUCCUCGUUGCUACGCAAGCAAUCUAUCAUUCUCAGUGUUGGUGAGAUGCUCAAGGCUGGAACGAUAGAAAAUAUGGCUAGGCUCGUGGAUGAACGGUCGUCGACGCCUGAGGAAGACAAGGCAAAUUCAGAUGCCAUCAUCAGUGAUUUCUUGAAAGACGUACCGAUUAAUGGUCUGUUGGAAGGUGCCGGCCUCGACAUAAAGAAUAUUGAGCAAGUGCUCCCGGCAACAGCGGGCCAAAUGUUCACUAUGAUGAUGUGGCUCAACUCGAAAGGGACCAACUUUUACCCUGACUUCUCUUACAAGAUCUUUGGCUCUAUCUCUUUCGAAGCUCUUUCGAAGGCCUGGCAAGCGACGGUUGACGACAAUCCUAUCCUACGGACGGCUUUGCUAGCUACAAACACAUCACAUGCACCUUUUACCCAAGCAGUGCUUCAAGAACACCAGGCAUAUAUUAUAGACCUGACCAACCUUGAUGAGGACCAGACAACCGCAGUAUCAGGUCGUGUGAAGCAAAAUCAGCCUUUUGCUCAUCUUUUCGUACGUCUAUCACCAACAGGCUGGGACUUGAAGUUGGCAAUCCACCACGCACUCUACGAUGGAGUUAGUCUACCAAGCUUGGUACAGCAACUCCAAGAUCGUUGCAACAGCCUACCUUCGACUCCACCUUCAGUUGAUGGCUUCAAGAACCUCAUCGCGGAAGGUUGCUCGCCAACAUCCGUCGAGACUCGCAAGGGCUUCUGGACGCAAUACCUACGCGGCAUCGAAAAGCACCAGCUCCACCAACCAUCGUCCACUCCAACUUCCAAGACCGAAAUCUUCACACCGCGUCUCAUCAACAGUAUCCAAAGCAUCGAGUCCAUUUCCAGAAGACACGGCAUAUCAACCCAAUCCCUCUUCCUGGCCCUCUACGCACGCCUGUACGCAAGAAUGCUUCAAGCCCCAGCCACCACCGACAUCGUCAUCGGAAUUUACCUCGCCAACCGCUCCCACUCGAGUAUAGCAGACAUUUCCACAUCCCCCAUACCAACCGUCAACAUAGUCCCCCUACGAAUCAACGCACCCCUGACCACUGAAACCCUGGCCUCAGCAGCGCAGAUUCAGCACGACGUCCAAGAGAUCAGUAGCGCUGCAAACUCAUCCGUCAGCCUGUGGGAGAUCAAGGAAUGGGCUGGCGUCACAGUUGACACGUUUGUCAAUUUCCUCAAACUUCCCGAAGCGAGUGGUGGUGAUAAAGAUAGCUUGGAUGCAGAUAAGAUUGCUAUCACCCAGACGCAGCAGUGGGAUGAAAGCGUCACUAGGAUCGUCGAGACGCCGCAUGAUGAGUUCGAGACGCCUGCCACUCUCUCUGUGGGCGAGGAUGUUCGGGGGGUGUAUUUGCAUGGCAUCGACGUCGAAGCUACAAUCCGGAAACAGGCCUUGGACGUGGGUGUGUUUGCGCCUGAGAGCAUGAUGGGCUUGGUCGAUGGCGAGGCGUUGAUGCGGGAUUUGAAGCGCGAGUUGGAGGCGCUGGCUGAAUAGAGCCUCCGUGGAUGUCUUUUUUUUCUAUUUGAUGUUAUUUGGCGUAUAUCCACAUCGGCGGUUCAACAUGUUGUGUUUAUUUUCUGGUAUCGUUGGUUCACUUGUCGAUUUGCUUUCGUUUCUGUUAUU